CCUGCCUCUCACUGACGUCAGUGCGGGACCAGGUUGCGCCAUUUUGAAAGUAGAAGCAGGGAGAGGGAAAUAAUAGUUGCAAAGUGAUCCGAGAAAGCGUUACUGAUUGUCAAAACAUUGCUUAGCAAGAUAAGUGACAGAAGAAGUUGAAGAAUAGCAGGGGAAAAGAGUCACACCCUCCAUAGCUUCACUUGCACUCUCAGCGAGAUUCUGCUUGUACACACCCUAGCCCGGCAAACUGGAAAGAUAAGCAAGGGCCCCAACCAAGCCCUCGACAGAGAUUCUCUCUCACCAUGGCAGGAGCCGGCGGCGGGGGCAAUGAUGUGCAGUGGUGUUUUUCUCAAGUCAAAGGAGCGAUUGAUGACGAUGUUGCUGAAGCUGACAUCAUAUCCACUGUGGAAUUCAAUCACUCUGGCGAGCUACUAGCCACUGGGGACAAGGGGGGCCGUGUUGUCAUCUUUCAGCAGGAGCUAGAGAGUAAGAACCAGCCACAGUGCCGUGGAGAGUACAAUGUUUACAGCACCUUCCAGAGCCACGAGCCUGAGUUCGACUACCUGAAGAGCCUUGAGAUCGAGGAGAAGAUCAACAAGAUCCGCUGGCUGCCUCAGAAGAACGCUGCACAGUUCCUCUUGUCCACGAAUGAUAAAACUAUAAAGCUGUGGAAAAUCAGUGAACGGGACAAGAGACCAGAGGGGUACAACCUGAAGGAAGAGGAUGGACGUUACAGAGACCCCACCACUGUCACAACACUACGGGUCCCAGUAUUUCAUCCCAUGGAUCUGAUGGUGGAGGCCAGCCCCAGACGAGUGUUUGCUAACGCGCACACCUACCACAUCAACUCCAUCUCGGUCAACAGCGACUGUGAGACCUACCUGUCUGCCGAUGACCUUCGCAUCAACCUCUGGAACCUGGAGAUCACUGACCGCAGCUUUAACAUUGUAGACAUCAAGCCAGCAAACAUGGAGGAGUUGACAGAGGUGAUCACAGCAGCAGAGUUCCAUCCUAACCAGUGCAACACCUUUGUCUACAGCAGCAGCAAGGGCACCAUCCGCCUCUGUGACAUGAGGGCAUCAGCUCUCUGUGACCAGCACUCCAAACUGUUUGAAGAGCCUGAGGAUCCAAGCAACCGCUCAUUCUUCUCUGAGAUCAUCUCCUCCAUCUCUGAUGUCAAGUUCAGCCACAGUGGGCGCUACAUGAUGACCCGGGACUACCUCACCGUCAAAAUCUGGGACCUCAACAUGGAGUCCCGUCCAGUAGAGACUUAUCAGGUUCAUGAAUACCUCAGGAGUAAACUGUGCUCACUCUAUGAGAAUGACUGCAUCUUUGAUAAGUUUGAGUGCUGCUGGAAUGGAAACGACAGUGUUGUGAUGACGGGCUCAUACAACAACUUCUUCCGGAUGUUUGACCGAGGCUACCGGCAGGAUGUGACCCUGGAGGCGUCUCGGGAGAGCAGUAAGCCUCGCUCUGUGCUCAAGCCCCGUAAGGUGUGCACAGGUGGGAAACGCAAGAAGGACGAAAUCAGUGUAGACAGCCUGGACUUUAACAAGAAGAUCCUCCACACGGCCUGGCACCCCCAGGACAACAUCAUUGCCGUGGCCACCACUAACAACCUCUAUAUAUUUCAGGACAGACUGUAACUAUUAUUCAAUAAACCCUUCAUAUCCCAGAUCCCACUUUAGCCCCACUACUCUGGUCACCAACAUCUCAUCUGGAGAAGUGCAGCAAAACACAUCUGUUUUGAUGGCUUUGUUAGUCUUAUUUCCUGUUCAGGGGGCUCCAACAGUACCACACUGCUCCUGCCACAUUGCAACUGAUGUCCACUACAUCCCAAAGGGAACACUUUUCUAACACUCUAGUCAUUUGGUGGGAUAUUGUUUAUUAAGCUAAUUUCCUAUGUUGCUAAUUUCACGGUUUUGGUGCCACAAGCAUUUUUAUAUGAACAAGCAUUUUUUAUUUUGAUAGGGAGUUAUUUCAACUGGGUUCCCACCUCCAACCCUCUAUUUUUGACACAAAUUACAAAAUGCCAUUCUGCAUUGACCAAAUUGGCAAGCUGUCAGCUCUCUAUAUUUGUCCCAGGCUGUUUGCCAAGUUGCCAAGUUUCCUCACCCUCAUCUUUCACAUACAGUACACACUCACUCUUAACAUCGAUGUAGACACACAUACAGUACACACUCACUCUUAACAUCGAUGUAGACACACAUACAGUACACACUCACUCUUAACAUCGAUGUAGACACACAUACAGUACACACUCACUCUUAACAUCGAUGUAGACACACAUACAGUACACACUCACUCUUAACAUCGAUGUAGACACACAUACAAAGCUCAACUCGGUUGGUGGAUUGGUUUGGGGGUAAUUUCGAGACAACUAUGCCAAAUGCGCAGUUGUUAUCCAGUCUGAGACUAUAGACAAGGCUUAACAGUCUGGUAAACACAGAUUCCUUCUCCAGAGGUAACCUGCAGUAUGAAGCCAUUGCUUUUCCAUGUAAAUGGUAGUGGGCAGAGGUGCUGCAGGCAGCCUAAUCUCACAUGGAAGGGACUGGUCCCUCUUGCUCUUAGUGCCACCAUGUACAGUUCAGCACAGAGGCUCCAGUGCAGUUAUUGUAAGAGAGUCUUCAGGCAGAGGCAUGCCUUGGCCAUAUUGUGCUGACCUGCAUGACUUGUCAGUUUAAAUGUGAGAGGCACUCAUUUGUACCUCUGCUGCUAAGUUCCAUGCAUGUGUUGACUUAUGCUUAUGUUUCUUAUGAAUUGUUCCCCUCUGGAUCAAGUUUUUUGUUUGUAUAUUUUUUUAAUGAUAUUUUGUACUUCAGAUAAAUAAUAAUCACUAUACUUAGUUUAUUUUUGUAUGAACUAAGACAAAAAUAUUGAUAACAUUUAACCCCCUCACACUACUUGGUUUAGUCUGAUCACUGUUGUCUGUUAAACUGUAGGUUUUGGACUGAUCUGUAGACUGAAAGAUUACUUGAACUGGUGAUAUUUAAUGUGACUUAUUGUGUUAAAUUCAAGUGGGCCGCUGGUCUAAAUAUGGAGUGCAUAUUAAUGUACCAUUAAGAAAGGCUUAAUGCAUGUUGAUGUCCAAAGAGCAGUCUUUUCAGGUAUCGGUGCCACUGCGGACUCAUUAGGGUCGUUAUCUGAAUGUUUUUGUAUUUGGGUUACUGUAACUGAUAUUGACUGGAAUGGAUUCGGUUGCUUCAGUUUUAGUUUAUUUGCGCGAAUUGUUUCAACUCCGUUUGUGUGUGCCAUGGCUAUGUUUUCUAAACAUUUGCACUGAGUGAAAGAUAAUGAAUAAUAAAUAGGCCAUUGUACAGUGAGAAUGGGCAAGGCAUUAUCUGUUUUCUCUGCUUCAGUUUGACUGAAGAAACACUCUUAACCACAUUCACUCUGAGGAGAAUCAGGUUGAUUGACUAGACACGUUUACUGACAUAUUUUAUAAUGAGAUGUUUUCUCUUCGAUUGUGCAUAACAAGUUAUUUAUGCAGGAAACAAAGUAAAACUGUCAAGUGUAUCAUUGGAUGAAAUUACUGGUUAAUGUCAGCUCAGGGCAUUGGAGACAGUAUUUCAAACGUAUGGCAUGUCCAGCAUUUGUACUGUAUUUAGUUGAUGUGGCAUUAUUUGUUAAGGAUGUUUUCGGAGGUUGUGUCUGUAGUACAUUUGUUUAUGUAUACACUUGAUUGACGAGAUAGAUGCCAAUUUUGAGCCAUUGGAUCAUAAUAAGUUAGCAUUAAGCUUAAGAAUUGAGGCUCACUCACUAGUAAUGCUACCAAUAAGCACUAUUGCAGUCUGUCUGCAAUCAAGGUCAUUAGCUCUACUGGUGUUGUCACUUAGGACUCUGUCUAUGUCCUUGUUGAAUACUUAGAUUUUCUUAUGUUUUGUGGACAGUUUAUAAUGGCUGUCACUUUGUUAGCUGUUGUGAGAAUGUGUCAUGACAUGAGGAACAAGAGUGUAGCCUACUGUACAUGUUUUGUCAUGGUUAAGAUGUUAAAUGCUACAUAGGAGAAGCCACACGUUAUACCCCUGACCCCAUACCACUAUCACACACUUGGCAUCAGAACAUCAAGGCUCAGUUACGGUACAAAUGUAGUUGUCAAAAUUGGCUUUUUUAUUUUUCUUAAAUUUACUGUCAGUUAUUCUAAAGCGUCAAUACAUGGAGACACCUAAACAAAAUAAAUGAGUACUUUUCCCCCAACACACUCCUGUCUUUACAGCUCUUGUGCAAAGCCACCAAAUGUCAUUCAGAAGGACCUAAUUGCCUUUUUCAUAGCAGAGGAAAUAAUGAGAUAAUCAAGUAUGUUUCCUGAAGUGACUGGUGGCUUUUCAGGCACGAGACUGCUCACGGGAACUUAAAUAUAAUGUAUUCACAGAACUCGCAACAGAAUGCACUUUUAUUUUUGUGAAUUUCAUUGAUUUGUAUGUUUUGUUUUGAGAGGCUCUUGAUAAAGAUUGGGGGACAUUUUGGGUGAUUAAAAAAAUAUCAAUACAGCAGUUUUAAAGGUUUACUGUAUAGGUCUGUUUGCCUUUGUCAAAUGGAAUAAAAUAUAGUUUAGAUUUAAUGAGUAAUAAAAGUAUUUCAAAACUGAA